UGAAUGUCACUGUAUAAUUCUUGCUGUCAGUAUUUGCAAGGUAAUGGUAUUUGGGUCUGUACUGGUUAGACUUAAAUGAGUUAAACCAAGGUCUAUAGCCCUUGGGUCAUAGACUGUGAGCUAGAAGUAUAUUGGUCUUUUUAUACUGGGAAUCAGGAGUUAUUUUAGUGAUCAUCUAGUUUAUUAUUUUUGUCCUGAUUGUGCCCUGAGCAAUUUUAUGACUGAAUAAAAACAAAUAAAAUCAACAUAAAUUGAAAAAUCGUCCUAAAUAAUCGUGAUCUCAAUUUCAGUCACCAUAAUCGUGAUUAUUAUUUUUGCCAUAAUCGAGCAGCCCUAUUAACCAGUAAAUAACUGCACUCUCACACAACACGCCUGUGUCACUCACGCAACCUCCCUCUCAGCUGUCAACCUCCUCUAGGGAGGCACCGCAGAGCCGCUCAAACUCCAUUACCCAACAUCCCCAGCGCCAGGCUUCCGGUUCACGUCACCCGCCAAAUCUAUUUAAGGAAGUGCCGCACAACACCGACUCACGUCGGCAUCAACCAUCAAGCUUAACCAACCAGGUGCGAGGUCCGCACGGCUCCGCGCGGAAAAGUUUCGUCAUUUUAACAACCACGCCCCUCCACCGCGCCUCCGCACGGCCCAGAAUUUCCGCAACGCGCACCUCGGAAAAUUUCUAACCACGCGGAAAAACAUGGCGGACCAGCAAGAACUACUAUGGCAGAGAGGCCGCCCCCUCACUUCCAGACAGUCCAGGAGAAGAAGCCGGCAUAAGAGCAUUCCCAGGUCUGGUCACAGCCCAUGCCUUUUUUCAAGGAAUCAGGCUCGUGAUGGGACACGGACCAUACGCCAAACUGGUCGUAGUCUUCCUCUUUACCUCACUGGGUUUCAUGCUCCACACUGGGAUUCAGAAAUGACUUCCAGAAUAUUCUACUGGUCAUCAUGUAACAGAAACGACGUCUUGACGUGGGCCGCUGCUGUAAAAAGUGAGGCGCGAACCAGAAAAGCUUCUGCCGAUCACAAUUCAACAACGGAUUAUGAAAGAACAGAUAACGCUCGAAACACGCAGAUUCUUCCUGAUGUGAGAGUCUCUGCAGAGGUUUCUCCCCCACUGCCUGAUACUGUGCAAGAUGAUGCUGUGGCGUGGAGUUUGCUGCCCCCUGUCACCCCACGUCUCUGCAACUCCGAAGCUCUCCAACCUGUCGUCCAGUUUGGGUCACCUCACCUCUUCGCAACAGGAGGAGCUUUCUCAUCUAAUUCACUCUUUUCCGGAACUAUUUUCAGACGUGUCCAGUCAGACCCACCUAAUAACUCAUGACAUCAGCCUUACUGAUUCCGUCCCCGUUCAUAUGCACCCUUACAGGGCUAGUCCGAUGAAGAGGGAACUAAUGAGAAAGGAAGUAACUUAUCUAUUAGAACAUGGCCUAGCAAAGCCCAGCACCACUUCCUUGAGCUCACCAUGUUUACUGGAAAAUAAACCUGAUGGCUCAUAUAGGUUUGUUACUGACUACCGCAAGUUAAAUGCAAAAACCGUCCCAGAUUCGUUUCCUUUGCCUCGUGUAGAGGAUUGUGUGGAUAGUGUGGGUUCAGCUACAUUUGUUACUAAACUAGAUCUUCUAAAAGCCUAUUGGCAGGUGCCGCUAACUCCAUUUGCAUCUAAAGUGUCU